UCCUCUCCCUCCGCUUCACUGGCAAUUUCCCUCCAAGUCGAAAGACUGAAAGAGGUUCUAUCUAGGGAUAGCGCAAGCAGCGAGAGAGAGCGAAGGGUUUCUUUCUUGUAACAAAAAAAAAAAUAAAAAAUAAAAAUCAAAUCAAUCAACUCUCUAACCGAUGGCAUCAUCGAGCAACAGCAGUAACUACGACAUUCCAUGGGUAGAGAAAUACAGGCCCAACAAAGUCGCUGACAUCGUGGGCAACCAAGACGCCGUCUCUCGCCUCCAAGUCAUUGCUCGCGAUGGAAACAUGCCUAAUCUCAUUUUAGCCGGUCCUCCUGGAACUGGCAAAACUACAAGUAUCUUGGCUCUUGCACAUGAGCUUCUGGGACCAAAUUCAAAGGAGGCUGUCUUGGAGCUGAAUGCAUCAGAUGACAGGGGUAUAGAUGUUGUGAGGAACAAAAUUAAGAUGUUUGCACAAAAGAAAGUGACACUGCCUCCUGGACAACACAAAAUUGUAAUUCUUGAUGAAGCUGAUAGCAUGACAUCUGGAGCACAACAAGCCUUGAGACGAACCAUGGAAAUAUAUUCAAAUUCCACUCGGUUUGCUCUUGCAUGCAACACAUCUUCUAAAAUUAUUGAGCCUAUUCAAAGUAGAUGUGCCAUUGUUCGAUUUUCAAGAUUAUCUGAUCAAGAGAUACUUGGUCGUCUCAUGGUUGUAGUUGGAGCAGAACAGGUCCCUUACGUUCCUGAAGGUCUUGAAGCUAUUAUAUUUACUGCUGAUGGAGAUAUGAGGCAGGCCUUGAACAACUUGCAAGCUACACAUAGUGGAUUCCAUUUUGUCAACCAGGAAAAUGUUUUCAAGGUCUGUGAUCAGCCUCAUCCAUUGCAUGUGAAGAAUAUGGUGCGCCAGGUGCUUGAGGGAAAAUUUGAUGAUGCUUGUUCUGGUCUGAAGCAUCUCUAUGAUAUGGGCUAUUCCCCCACUGACAUAAUUACAACCCUUUUCCGAAUCAUAAAGAGUUAUGAUAUGGCUGAAUAUCUGAAAUUGGAGUUCAUGAAGGAAACUGGGUUUGCCCAUAUGAGAAUCUGCGAUGGUGUUGGUUCGUAUCUUCAGCUCUGUGGCCUGUUGGCCAAGCUUGCCUUAGUUCGUGACACAGCACGAGCAGCAUAAGUAAAUAGUAGCUCUAUUCUGGUAAUAUGAUGGGCUAAGUUGAUGCGGAGAUCAUCCUUGUUUAAAUGUUCCAGAAACAUGUUCUGUUAUGAGAAACUGAACUUAAUGGUGGGAGCUAUCUCUUCGCACACAGUAUCCUAAACCGUUCUCCUUUCAGCUGAUGCCUGAUGUCGCCGAAUUGAUAAAAAUAGUAUUGGCAGGAUUGACGUUAGAAGCUAUAAUUGCUGCAUGUCCAUUUUUGUUGUUUUUCCUCGAUGGCUUAUCAAGCUUGUUUCUUGUUAAUUUUUUAAUCAAUUAUCGUCUCCGAAACCCUGCAA